GGGCUUCCAGUCCAGGUCGGGGGGCAAAAUGGCACUGGGCGCAGUGUUGCAGGCUCUGACGCGGGUGCUUGCUCUGUCCAGGCGGCACCUUGUGUCUCCUUUGCCCAGCGUGACGUCCUUCGGCCGUUUCUACAGAGGCGACAGCCCGUCAGAUUCCCAGAAGGAUAUGAUCGAAAUCCCUCUGCCUCCGUGGCAGGAGCGACCCGAUGAGCCCAUAGAGACCAAAAGGGCCCGCCUGCUGUAUGAGAGCCGGAAGCGGGGCAUGCUGGAGAACUGCAUCCUGCUCAGCCUCUUUGCUAAAGAAUAUCUGCACCAAAUGACAGAGAAACAGCUGAACCUGUAUGAUCGCCUGAUUAAUGAGCCCAGUAAUGACUGGGAUAUUUACCACUGGGCUACAGAAGCAAAACCGGCGCCAGAAAUAUUUGAGAACGAAAUCCUGGCGCUGCUGAGAGACUUCGCGAAAAACAAGAACAGGGAGCAGCGGCUGCGCGCCCCGGACCUCGAGUACCUGUUCGAGGAGCCGGGUGGGCGCUGA